AUGUUAUUAGGCGACAUUACGCAGAAAGGAUACGACAAGCGCAGGCAAAAAGUGCUCGAACCGUACGGUGGAGAGAACGCGCUGAAGCAAGGAACGCCGCGGCCUGCAUCGGGCUUCUCCGCAGCUGCGAGUGCUGCGGCUGCGGCAUCGCUGGGUGGCAGGCCUUCAAGUGGUGCCAACUCGCCGCUUGCACGCACGGGCAGCACGGGCGCAGCAGACACGCCCUCCAAAAAGAGCAUUGGAAAAUCCAAAGCUCGUGCCAUGCCUUCCUUGACGGACGACGACGACGCCGACGCGUUGACACCAGACACGCGCACUGCCACUCCGCCGCCCAUGCAGCAUCAGCACUCGCAGGCCCAGGAUUUGCGCGUUGCCGCGUUGAAUCAGAGCGCAGCAACCGGAGCAUCAGGGCGCGCAAGCCCGCUAUCCUUUUCGGGCACCCCCGCCAGCAACUCGCCUCGACCCGCCGUCCCCUUGCCAGCGCACGCCCCAGCAGCGCGCACCAGCUCGGCCAACUCGACGCAAAACACGCCGCGCGCGGCAACCCCAGUGCUCCCAGCAACCCAAGUGCUCCCGGCAUCAAACAUUCCGCCAAUGGGCGCAUUUGCUGCUGCAGCAUUCGCUCAAGCCACCGCCGCACAACAUGGUGGGCGUGUUCCUGCACCCGACCCGCGCUCCGGUGCGGCCCAACAUUCCCAGUACGAAAACGAGGACAUUUACUCAGCCACGGAUGAGCCGGUUGUCCCCAGGCGCGCCGAAUCGUCCUUGAAUCGUGCUGAUCUUUCCGCCAUUGCCACCGCCGUGGCUGGAAACGCAAUGCGCACCGACUCGGGCUAUUUGACACGGACCGACAUUUCCAACUUGAGUCGGCAAGCCACGUCCAACUCGUUGCUCGCGGCCAGUCCGGCCGCGCCCCCUCCCGCUCCGCCGCCCCAGCCACCAGCUAUGGCAGCCACGCCAACCCGGCACGAGCCCGGAUAUAUCUCGCGCAAUGACGUUUACUCUGCGCGUGCUGCCGUCGCCUCUCCUGUUGCGUCUAAUCUGCCAGGCUCUCCAGGAGCCGCGGGGGCAAACACCUCGAGCUACAUUGCUCGGAAUGAGGUUGCUGGUCUUGCCGCCCGCAACGCGAUUGCCGCAGCUGUCGGUGGCCAGCAGGGCCACGCCCGUACCAACAGCAACUCUCCCACGCCCUCCACGUCCUCGCCGGCAAAUCGCGUGGUUGGUCCUGGUGGCGCUUCGCUGCAACCGCAAGGAUCGCGGCCAGGCGCGCUGGUCACCCCCGGCAACCUGGCUGCCGGUCUCGAGCAGGCAAUGGCGCGCAGGCGUGCCACAUUCUUGCCAAACGUCGAUGCUCGAGCCGAUUACGACGAUCCGGACGACUCUCUGCCUCCAUCGCAUCCCUCUUAUGGCAUGCCGGUGCCUCCGACUGCUGCGGCGACCACGUCGACCGAGGCAUCCACGUCCACGUCCUCGGCAUCGCCGCGUCCGCCCGCGCCACCUCCGACGUCCGAGUUUUCAUCGCGCAUUCACCAGCUUGUCUCUGCCCUCAAAGCGCCAAACCAACCAAAAGCCAAAUUCAACGCCAAGACGAAAGCAGUGCGCCGCGAUCCCAAUGCGCCCAAACCGCUCGGGCCAGUGUUGCUGCCGGUGGAGGGCCAGCACGAGGCGUUGCAGCCAGACCCGUUGCGACUGACUGACAUUUCGGCAACCAACACCCUGGCCGAGGUGCUCGUGUGGCGCACGCAGUUCCAGGCCAAGAAGGUUUGCUUAUCCGAGUUUGACGUCCGUGGCAAGCUGGCUGGCAAGAUUACGUUCGCCGGCCUGCUGGAUCGCGCCCGGCGCGUGAGCGACCUGCUUUUCAACCGACUCGAGCUGACUGUGGGGACGCGGGUUGCGCUCGUCUUUCGCCCUUCGGACGUCAUUGACUUUGCUGCGGCCUUGUUUGGCUGCUUGUAUUGCGGCGUGGUUGCAGUGCCUGUUCGUCCGCCGACCAAAGUUGACGACGCUGCAGCCACCCAAUCUGGCUUUUUGCUGAACAGCUGCGGAGUCAAGUUCAUCCUCACCAACGAAGUCACGCGCCGCGCGCUGCCGAAAGAUAAUAGCGGGCGCAUCGCCAAGAUGAAAGGAUGGCCGCUGGUCGAAUGGGUCAACACGGAAGCUCUCGGCAAAGUUCCCGCCAAGCGUGUCACUGAGCCCUUCCGGCUGCCUCCAGCGGCCACGGCCAUCAUUGAAAGCGCGUUCAUUGCCUCUACCGGCGAGGUUAAGCCUGUUGUUGUCACGCACAAGUCUCUGCUAUUCCAUCUGUUUGCCCUGAUGAAGGCGGCGCAGUACACAUCGUCCUCGGUUGUUCUCAGCUUGCUCGACCCGCAGGUCGGCGUCGGCUUGCACCAUGCGACCCUGAUGGCGGUGUUUGCGUGCUUCCACUAUGUGAGCCUGCCCUUUGCCACGUUUACUGAAACGCCCAUGCAUUUGUGGAAGAAUGUCACCAAGCUCAAGGCGACUGUCAUCCUGUGUACCUAUCCUGCCCUGGCCUUCAGCGCGUCUCGGGUGACUGACAAGGAGCGUCGGUCCAUCAAACUCGACUCUCUUCGGCAGAUUGUCAUCGAUACGGAGCGCACGUCGCCGGAUUUGUCGCGCAAGUUCUGCGACAAGUUCCAGGUCUUCCCGGCCAUCAUUUCGACCACCUUCUAUACGCCUGAAUCGCUGACUGCGGCCUGUCGCUCGCCGUUGUCGCCGCCCGUGUUUUUGCAUUUGGACCUCAAGGCGUUGGGACACGAAGUUGUGCGCGUAGUGCCGGCUGGUUCCAAAGGCGCCGUGUUUGUGCAAGACUCCGGCCUCGUUCUGCCACACACGCGCGUGUGCAUUUGCACCGUCGAGGAGCAACCCAAGCUGUGCCAAGAGGAUCAGCAGGGGCGUCUCUUUGUCACGGGCAGCGCUGCAGCGCAAAUCGCUGCCGGCGACGGCGCUGUGCAAAUCAACACGCAAGAUAUCCGGGAGUUGGUGCAGAGCGCGCAGCCGCCGAUUGUCUUGAACGACCAAAUUACCGUGUUUGCGACCGAUCUGUUGGAUGAGGAACGCAUCAUUGUCGUGCUCGAGACGUCUCGUCCUGCCAACGAUCAGCUGAGCACUUGGGCGCAGACUGUCUUCCGCCAAGUCGAGGAGGCGUCCGGCACAUCCAUUUAUACCAUUUGCUUUUGCAAGCCGGGCACGCUGCCGAUGGAAGGCACGAACGUUAGCGAGUUUUCGACCAAGAAACUCUACUUGAAUGGCACUCUCAACCCGAUCAUGGUCACCAUCAACAUGAACGGUGUGACCAAUCUCCCGAGUGGCGCAGCACAACAGCACGACGCCGCGCGCGCGAUGGCCGAUGCCAUCACCGGCACACAGCUGGCUGAGAUUGGCAGCCAGGAGGACAGCUCGUUGGCCAUCGACGACGCCACGCUUACUUCUCUCGACAACUUCCAGACCAUUGCCGAACUGUUGCGUUGGCGCGCGCUCGAAACACCUCAGAGUCCCAUGUACACCGUGUUGGAUGAAGACACGGGCAAAGAAUCUCAGUCCAUCACCUGCGCCAAGCUGCACAAGAUGGCUCUCUCGAUCGCCCACUUUAUGAUUGACAAGAUGCAGGUCAACGCUGGCGACGCUGUCGGCAUUCUUCUGCCCCACUCGCCUGCGUUUUCCGCCGCCAUUUUUGCGUGCAUGUACGUCGGCGCAGUCGCCGUUCCUAUGCGUCCUCCCCAUUCGUCCAGUUUGCGCUAUGCGAUUCCAACGCUUCGUACCAUUGCCCAAAUGAGUGCAGCACGCACAAUUCUCACCAACGGCGCGAUUCACAAGCUCCUUCGCUCCAAGGAAGCAGGACUCGAAAAAGUAACGAGCUUCCCGUCCGCCUUCUCCAUUGAUGACAUGUCCAAGAAAAAGGAGGAGCUGACCCACUACUACCGUCCGCCCACGAACGAAAUGCUCGCCGUUCUCGAGUUUAACAUUUCGACCACUGGCUUGCUGGCAGGUGUGCGUAUUUCUCACGACACGAUUCUCUCCCAUUGCCGCGCACAGAAGGUACAUCACCAGUACCACGCGGGUGCGCCGGUUGUGUGUGCCAUCGAGCCGUACACUGGUGUGGGCUUGAUUUAUUGGACAUUCCUGAACGUCUACGCCUGCCACAUGAACAUUGGGGUGCCGGUCGACCAAGCCGUUCGAAACGCUCCGCUCUUCUUCUCAACCAUUUCCCUGUUCAAGGCCAAAACUGCGCUCGCGAGCUUCCCUGUUUUGAGCGUGUGUCUCGAUGAGCUCACCAGCAAGUCUGCCGCAGAUCGCCUGAAGGACAUUGAUCUUUCGCACUUGGUGCGCUUGCUCGUGGACUGUCACGAGCGACCGCGCGCCAACUUGCAUGGGCUCUUCGGUGCCGCAUUUGUCAACCUGGGCAUCAAUGCCUCGGUGAUUGACUCUGUCUUUGGUUCGGACGUCAACGCGUUGAUUGCGAUGCGUCCACGCGCCUCCAAAGAACCCACCGCGUGCUACCUUGAUCUCGCCUCGCUGCGCAAGGAUCGUGUCGACUUGGUCGAACGAGGCUCGCCAAACUCCGUGUGCAUUUACUCUGUGGGCAAGCCUUUGUCGCGCAUCCAUCUGGCCAUCGUCAACCCGGAAACCGGUCGGAUGUGCACCCAAAAGCAAAUUGGCGAAAUUUUCGUGUCCAGUCCCCAGAACAACCGCGGCUACUAUGGCCUCGAGGCUUCCCUCAACGACGCGACCACAGCCGAGACUUUCCAGGCGCGGCUUCCGGGCACGUCCAACUACUUUGCCAAGACUGGCUUCUACGGCUACGUCUACGACGGCGAAGUCUUUGUUGUUGGCGACAUGGAUGAGUCGAUCGUGGUGAAUGGUCUUCGUCACUAUCCUGGCGAUAUUGAACAAAGCGUCGAAAAGAGCUCCAAGAAAAUUGGUUUGGAUGGCAGUGCUGUAUUCCUGUCGGAAGGCUUGCUGGUGGUCGUCGUCGAAGUUGGCGAACCUGCCGAAAUCAUGAAUUUGCUCUCCCUUGUCACCAACACCGUCCUUUCGGAUCAUGGAGUCAUUGCUCACGUCAUUGCGUUCGUGCAUCCUGGCACCAUCCCCAAGAACGCCCGCGGCCAGAAGCAACGCGUUCGUCUUCGAGACGGGUUUAUCCGCAACACAUUCCAACCGCUCCAUAUCUCUUACAAUGUUGUGGAGUAA